GUCCCGAAAGGACCCGGCCGGGCCCUGACGUCACGGACGCAACAACAUGGCGCAGACCAGGGUGACCCGCAUCGUCCUGGCGGCGGCCCGGCGGCUGAGGGACGGCGGAGGGACGGGGAGGGCAACUCUGCGGUUCCAGGGUGCAGCUUUCCUGAGGCACCACCAGAGAUGUGUCCCCGACACCAGGUCCCUCUGGUACCCGUACAGCACGCAGUCAGCGCGGAGUCAGGAAGGGGAGACGCUGCAUAACAUCAUCACUGACUCUGAGAAUGUGGAAGGAUCUUUUUCCAACCAUGAAUUUCAGGCUGAGACGAGAAAGCUCCUGGAUAUUGUGGCACGCUCCUUGUACUCCGAGAAGGAGGUGUUCAUUCGGGAGCUGAUAUCCAACGGAAGCGAUGCCCUCGAGAAGCUCCGUCACAGACUGGUGAGCAGUGCACAGGAGCACAGACCACUGGAGAUCCACCUCCAGAGUAAUGCUGAGAAGGGAACUCUAACCAUUCAGGACACGGGCAUCGGCAUGACCAGGGAAGAGCUCAUUCAGAAUCUGGGAACUAUCGCACACUCCGGAUCGAAGGUCUUCCUGGAGGCACUGCAGAACCAGGCGGAGAGUGGUUCUGGGAUCAUCGGGCAGUUCGGGGUUGGAUUCUACUCGGUGUUCAUGGUGGCAGACAGAGUGGAGGUGUACACACAGGCAGCAGAGCGCGGCAGCCCUGCGUAUCGGUGGGCCUCGGAUGGCUCCGGGAUGUUUGAAGUGGCCCAAGCCUCGGGAGUGAAGCCAGGAACCAAGAUCGUAAUCCACCUGAAGGAGGGUUGCAAGGAGUUUGCAACCGAAGAUCGGGUUAAAGAGGUGGUGAACAAGUACAGUAACUUUGUCAGUUUUCCGAUCUACCUGAACGGGCACCGACUGAACACUCUGCAGGCUCUCUGGAUGAUGGACCCGAAGGAGAUCAGCGAGUGGCAACAUGAUGAAUUCUACCGCUACGUUGCAAAGGCUUACGACAAACCACGUUACGUGCUGCAUUACCGGACGGACGCCCCCCUCAACAUCCGCAGCAUCUUCUAUGUGCCAGACAUGAAGCCGAGCAUGUUCGACGUGAGCAGGGAGCUGGGCUCCAGCGUGGCACUGUACAGCCGGAAGGUGCUGAUCCAAACGAAAGCCAGUGACAUCCUACCCAAGUGGCUCCGCUUCCUCCGCGGUGUUGUUGACAGUGAGGACAUCCCUCUGAACCUCAGCAGAGAGCUGCUUCAGGAGAGCUCGCUCAUCAGGAAGCUCAGGGAUGUUCUGCAGCAACGAGUCAUCAAAUUCUUCCUGGACCAAGGCAAGAAGGAGCCGGAGAAGUUCCUCAAGUUCUACGAGGAUUACGGGUUGUUCAUCCGCGAGGGGAUUGUGACAACAGCUGAGCAGGACGUGAAGGAGGAUAUCGGAAAGCUGCUGCGGUUCGAAUCGUCGGCGCUGCCGGCUGGUCAGGUGACCAGUCUGGCCGAGUACGGCAGCCGGAUGAAAGCGGGCAGCCGGAAUAUUUAUUACCUCUGUGCCCCCACCCGUCAGCUGGCCCAGCACUCGCCGUACUUCGAGGCCAUGAAGAAGAAGGAAAUGGAGGUCCUGUUCUGCUACGACCAGUUUGAUGAGCUGACUCUGCUGCACCUGCGGGAGUUUGACAAGAAGAAGCUGAUCUCCGUGGAGACCGACAUCGUGGUGGAUCACUACAAGGAGGAGCAGUACGAGGGCAGCAAGCCAGCAGCCGAGCGUCUGUCCGAUGCCGAGGCUGAGGGUCUUGUGGCCUGGAUGAAGAAUGGUCUUGGAGAGCGGGUGGCAAACAUCAAGCUGACGCCGCGCCUGGACACACACCCGGCCAUGGUCACCGUGCUGGAGAUGGGGGCAGCUCGUCACUUUCUGCGCACGCAGCAGCUCGCCAAGUCCAGCGAGGAACGAGCACAGAUCCUGCAGCCCACGCUGGAGAUCAACAGCAGCCACAUCCUGAUUAAGAAGCUGAAUGAACUACGGGACAGGAACCCGGAGCUGGCUCGCCUGCUGCUCGACCAGAUUUACGACAACGCCAUGAUUGCCGCUGGACUGAACGAUGAUCCCCGCCCGAUGAUCGGGCGGCUCAACGAGCUGCUGAGCAAAAGCCUGGAACACAGCUAGGGGUGGGGAGGGGAGGGGAGAGAGCGCAGUGACGCACUGGGGAGAGAGACAGAGCCGUCAGGGACUUGGAAUAAAGGUUAUUGGUAAAGGAACCAGAGCUGGAGAAAGAUCUGAAAGAGAAUCUGCAGGGUUUUGUAGAGCCGGAUGGGGUCUCGUUGUUCUAGUACAGAGCUUCGACGGGCUGAAUGUGCUGUAACCGUUUGGUGCUUGUGUUCCCAGAAAGAAGCGGAGAGAUGGUACAAGAUGAGAUGUUCUGUGGGGAGGCACUGUUUAAAAAUAAAACGUGUUGGCUGGUUUGUGUA